ACAGUCAUGUGUUGGCAGGUGGGGGUAAUGGACCUGAGAUGGCCCCAAGAUCCAGUGAGUUUGUGGGUUUGGCAGGUGCAGGCUGAGAGGGUGAAGAAGGCGGUGACUCAGGUAAUGUGAGUCUAAAGAGCAGGCACAACCAUGACGAUUGCAAAGUUCCGUGAGCGCUUGUCAUGCUCCUUCCUCCUGCUUAUCUCGUUUCAGGCUAUGAAGUCAGCACCAGGCAGUGGCCAUUGUUGGAGAGUAACUGGGCAGGGUCCCCGUCAUGGAGGAGAGGCUGCUUCAGGGGAUGGGGUGCAGGGCCGCAGACUGGGGCCUGCAAUCAUUGCGGGGUGGGGGACGCCCUGGGGCAUGAGAGGUUGUGUCGGGUGACCGGAGGGAAGCCCCAUCAGGGGGCCCACGGGGGAGGCGGGCAAGGAGUUCAGGUCUCUCGCUGUCUGGCGGGACCGGCCUGAGAAGGGUGCUCUCAGGGUGUCCUGGGAACAGGGUGGAGUGAGAAGCGGCCCCGCCUCCGCCUGGAGGCGCCUCCUGGGGCGUCCCUGGGAAGCAGGCACCCCUCCGGCGCAGGCCCGACCCGGGGGUCUCUGGGGCCCGGCGGGAGGGCGCUGGCGUGCCGCACACCUCGAGGGAGGGUCCGGCCGACCUCCUAUCCCGCUCGGUUUCCCAGAGCGCAGACCCGCGCGUACCUCCAAGCCUGCGCGGCGCGGGGCGAUGCUGGGCCCGCCCGUGCCAAUCACCUCGCUUAACUCUUAAGGGUCGUUGCAUUUGUCCACCGGCCCGUCUCCCGGAGCGCAGAAGCCCAAGACGGGCAAAGACAGGGUGCGCCUUAGAGCGCCCGGGGCCCACCCAGCCGGGCGGAUCAGGGCGGGGCUCCGGCCGGGCUCGGGGCGCGCCUGGGGGCGGGGCUCCCGGGCUCGCGACCCGGGCACUGUCCGCGGUGCUGAGCGCCCGCCCGGGCACAUGGGGGCAGGUGCACCAUGGGGAACCGCAGCGCGGCGGACGCGGACGGGCUGCUGGAGGGGCGCGGGCCGGGAACCGGCGGCGGCGCGGGAACUCCCGCGGCGGCGGCGGCGCUGGCGGGGGGCGUGCUGCUCAUCGGCGCGGUGCUCGCGGGGAACGCGCUCGUGUGCGUCAGCGUGGCGGCCGAGCGAGCCCUGCAGACGCCCACCAACUACUUCAUCGUGAGCCUGGCAGCCGCCGACCUACUACUCGCCCUGCUCGUGCUGCCUCUCUUCGUCUACUCCGAGGUCCAGGGCGGCGUGUGGCUGUUCAGCCCCGGCCUCUGCGACGCGCUCAUGGCCAUGGACGUCAUGCUGUGCACCGCCUCCAUCUUCAACCUGUGCGCUAUCAGCGUGGACAGGUUCGUGGCCGUGGCCGUGCCGUUGAGUUACAACCGCCAGAGCGGCGGCGGGCGCCAGCCGCUGUUCAUCGGCGCCACGUGGCUGCUGUCGGCCGCGGUGGCGGCCCCAGUGUUGUGCGGGCUCAACGACGCGCGCGGCCGCGACCCCGCCGUGUGCCGCCUGGAGGACCGCGACUACGUGGUCUACUCGUCCGUGUGCUCCUUCUUCCUGCCCUGCCCGCUCAUGCUGCUGCUCUACUGGGCCACGUUCCGGGGCCUGCGGCGCUGGGAGGCCGCCCGUCGCGCCAAGCUGCACGGCCGGGCGCCUCGCCGGCCCAGCGGCCCCGGCCCGCCGCCCCCCGAGGCCGCCGCGCCCCCCGAGGCCGUCGCGCCCCCCGAGGCCAUCCCGCCUCCCGCCGCCAUCCCGGCGGAGCCCCCGCUGCAGGGAAGCAAAAGGAGGCGCGCCAAGAUCACCGGCCGGGAGCGCAAGGCCAUGAGAGUCCUGCCUGUGGUGGUCGGGGCCUUCCUGGUGUGCUGGACCCCCUUCUUUGUGGUGCACAUCACCCGGGCGCUGUGUCCCGCCUGCGCCGUGCCUCCGCAGCUGGUCAGCGCGGUCACCUGGCUGGGCUACGUCAACAGCGCCCUCAACCCCCUCAUCUACACCGUCUUCAACGCCGAGUUCCGCACGGUCUUCCGCAAGGCCCUUCGCCUCUGCUGCUGAGCCGCCCCUCACCCGCACCCCCAGAGUCCUCUGCGAGGACCUGGCCAUGCCUCAGGGGGCAGGACCCCAGCAAGGGAGGGGGCGGUUUUGUACGACUGAUUAAACUAAUACCUUCCUAAACACCUGCUGGGAAGGCUGGGGCUGGGGAGGACGGAGAGGGGAGGGUGUGGGAGGAGCAAGGAGGAGGAGCUUCUGCCCCACGUGGACCCCAGACCCCUACUAAACCGGCCCCAGCCAGUUAAGCCCCUCCUUCCUUCUGAGGAAGCCCAGAGAAUAGACCCCACAAAGCUGGCUCCAGGCUCAGGGUGAGGUGAGAGGCAAGCCAGCUCUUGCUUGCGCUCCAGGGAG